UCUUGACUUUAUGUCACGUCAGUACUUGUGUUUAGUUCGGUUCGAAACAAAUACGACGUCGCAGGGUUUAGGAACCAUACGGCGUCGUUUUGGUCGUUCUCUCCGGUCAAAAGGUAAAACUCCGAGUGCGAGUGCGGGAUGGGGAGCAAGAGAAAGAGGGAAGAAGAGGACAUGGCAGUGGGAGAGAUCGUAUGGCAAACCCCUGCCAACCCCCCACAACGAAGCGAUUACAUACUUCUAAAUGGGAGACGGCAUGUUAGACCCUACUACUUCGAGUUCAUUGCUCAUGUUAAGAAUCGAUGGGCCGGAAAAACCAUUGUCGACUUGUUUGCUGAAGAGUUUAAAGGCCGACCUUAUGAGUACUAUGUACACUUUUUCCUUUCCGUUUUGCUUAUUGAUGCUGUCAAAUGUGGUCGUAUACAAGUCGAUGGGGAGCUGGUGCCUGUAUCAUAUAUAGUUAGAUCAUCUCAAAAGAUAAGUCAUUUCCUGCACAGGCAUGAACCGCCAGUGAUGGCUUGUGAUGUCAAAAUUCUCAAAGAAGAAGCAGAUGUGCUGACGGUUUGCAAGCCUGCAUCUGUUCCAGUCCAUCCAUGUGGUCAAUAUAGGAAGAACACUGUUGUUGGUAUACUUCAGGCAGAGCAUGGUUUGGCACCUCUAUUUCCUAUACAUCGACUAGACCGCCUUGUCUCAGGACUUCUCAUCCUUGCUAGGAAUUCUUCCAAAGCUGAUCUUUUCAGACAACAGAUUGAGUCUGGGCUGGUGAAGAAACAGUACAUUGCAAGGGUAGUGGGCGUAUUUCCAGAGAAAGAGCAACUUGUUGAUGUUAACAUAAAUUACAAUGCUCGAGAAGGAAGGAGCACAGCAGAGAUGGUUGAUUCUUGCUCGGAUGCUCGAACAAAGGGGAAGACCGCUCAAACGAAGUUUACCCGUAUCAGUUCGGAUGGAAUUCAUAGCAUUGUUUUGUGCGAACCGAUCACUGGGCGAACUCAUCAAAUACGUGUGCAUUUGCAGUACAGUGGGUAUCCUAUAGCGAAUGACGCACUGUACCUCACAAAAGAAGCUUCUUGUCGUUCGGUGGAAAGAACAAAUGCAGAUAGAGCAGCAGCCCAUUGUCCAGCACGUGAUACUGAAGAAGAUUGCGUUGAUGGAUGUAAAGAGAAGUCAGGUGAAGAUUUUAGCAUCGACUCCAUGUGUACGAACUGUCCAAAUUUGGGCCCAAAGGGAUACGAGGGAGACGAAGAGGGUUUAUGGCUGCAUUGUGUUCGGUAUUCUGGACCAGGAUGGAUCUACGAAUGCCCAUAUCCAGAAUGGGCUUCAUUUUAAUACACAGCCUCGCCAUUCUCUGUAUUUGUUAUCAAUGCUACAGCCCACAGUGAUUUCGCUUUGGCCUGGGAAAGCCAUUUUGGAAGGCUGGGUCGGGAUUUCAAUGUGAUUCUUCCUGUCCCACAUCUUAACAGUGUGUUUAGGGUGUCUUCACUUAGAAUAUUUGUAUUAAAUUUAAUUUUAUCAUGCAAAGCAUAAUUUAAUGUGUCACAAGUUUUCAUUCUUUUCCCA